AUGGAUACUCUCGAGGAAGUCAUUGUUCCCUUCGCUAUCCUUUCCUGGAGGACUGUUGGCACUAUCAUUCUCAUUUGGCCCGUUUACUACGUGCUGUAUCUCAUUUACAAUGUCUCCCCUUUCCAUCCUCUCAGCAAGUUUCCCGGUCCCAAGAUUGCCGCAGCCUCGUACCUUUACGAGUUUUGGUUCGACAUGAUUAAAGGUGGUCGAUACACCAUGAAGAUCAAGGAAAUGCAUGAGAUCUACGGCCCCAUCGUCCGCAUCAGUCCCGACGAGCUACACUGCGCCGACCCCAACUUCAUCGAUGAGAUAUACGCUACCGGCAAAAGAAAGAGGGAUAGGUCCGUUCAUGCAAUGAGAAACGUUCCUUCAGCCCAAGCGGUUUCGCAUUUUGGAACUAUUGAUCAUGACCUCCACCGAAAGCGUCGCGGUGCCAUGUCAAAGUUCUUUUCCAGGAGCCAGAUCCUCCGUCUCGAACCAAAGAUACAUAGUCUUGCCCACAAGCUCUGUGACAAACUUCUCGAAGAGGCUUCUAGCCAGCCCAUAGUUAUCGCCGAUCCAUACAGCUGCUUUGCCACCGACUUGGCCGCUGAAUACGGCUUUGGGACCACUUUUGGACUCAUGGACCAGGGCAGUUGGCGACCCAACUUCCGCCGCGCGGUCUACUCGGCUUUAAACAUGACAUACAUCUUCAAAUUCUUCCCUUUCUUAAAGAUUACACUCUACGCAGGACCUUGGCUGUCGAAAUUUUUACCCGAAGACAUGGCAUACUUGAUGGACAUUUUUCACAUUACUGUUCCCGGCCUCGUCGAGAAGGCCAAGCAGACGAAGCAGUCUGGUGUUCCAGACAAAGACAGCCGACCGAACGUGUUUGCGGAGCUUUACAACUCAGACCUUCCUUCCGAAGAGAAGUCGACUUACCGCCUCGUAGGCGAAGGCACCAACCUUCUCUACGCCGGCACCGAAACCGCAAGCAAUUCUCUGAGUAUCUUGACCUAUUACAUCCUAUCCACCCCAGGCGUCCUGGAGAACCUAACGCAGGAGCUUCGCACCGUCACCGAUGACCCGCGCAACUUGCCAACUUGGCCCAAGCUGGAGAACUUGCCGUACUUCAGUUCGACCAUUAUGGAAGGCAUGCGACUGUUCUACGGCAUGUCAGUUCGCGCUCCUCGCGUCGCUACUGAGGAGGAUUUGUUCUAUUGCGGGAAAUGGACGCCGAAGGACGGGAUUGAGGAGGUUGAUGUGAGUUAUGUCGUGCCGCGUGGUUACCCAAUCGGCAUGAGCUCUGCGAUCAUGCAUCAUGACGAGAACGUCUUUCCGGAUUCGCAUCAGUUCAAGCCCGAGAGAUGGAUUGAUGAGAAUGGCCAGAGGAGAAAGGAUCUCGAGAAGUGUUUGUUGACCUUUUCAAAAGGGUCAAGGCAGUGCGUUGGCAUCAACCUGGCAUACUGCGAAGUCUACGUGUGCAUUGCGGCUAUGGUAUUGCGAGUGUUUCCACACAUGAAGCUGUACGACACCACGAAGAGAGAGGUUGAGUACUCUUAUUGUAUGACGGUGGCCAUGCCAGCUAGCAAGAAGGGAGUCAGAGUCAUUGUUUCUUAA